GUUUCCACACCACUUUUUCGACACCAAGAAAUUUUCGAAAAACAAGACACCCCGAUGCACUUCCUGGCGGCCCUUCUAUUCCUCCUCGUGGGCUUUCUCAACUCGCCAUGCUCGGCCCGCACACUUGCGGCGAGCAGCGAUGCCCCAGAUAACGAGACCUCUUGGUCCUCGCCGGCGACAACCAACCCAGAUUCGACCACUCUCGCCGCCCUCAACACCACAAUCCAGCCGACGAGCCAGCGGUGGCCUCCCAGCUCCGGCGGGAACCAGACCAAGAAGGGCGCGGGCGGGUAUUUCGAAAGCUGCACCGACUGCCGGCUCUUUUCCAAGUACGAGGGCGGCAAGCCCAAGGAGGGCGGCGGGGGUCUUUUGCGCUGCGACUGCGACUACCCGGGGAGGCCGGGCGGGUUUCGGCGGAGGGAGUCGGUCGUCAACCUGAACGACUGGCUGGGCAACUGGGCGGCGCCAGGUCUACCCUGUGGCGGCUUUAUCGGCUCGUGCAAAUGCGAGCUGCUCGAGGGCCGCUACCUCUCCUGCUGGUGCUAUGAUGCGCCUGCGGGGACCCAGGUCGUGGACUUGAACGAGCACAUUGCCAACAGGAGAGGGGUUCUGAGGGUUCUCUCGAUGCCAUGAGUUUUGACUUGGUUUUAUUCUUCUCUUUUUUUUCGUUAUUUUAUUUUAAGAUUUGGGCCAUGUGGGUUGGGCGAUGUACAUAGUAGGUUAGGGCACCCUUUCGGGGUUGAGUUUAUCUGGAUGGCUGGACUGUUAGCGUUAUAUGCAUAUAAUUCUUAAAUUUGGC